GGUGUUGGGGAUAUUUUGUUUUACUGGGAACUUCUGUGUAUGUGAAUGGGACACAUGUGGGGAGAGUUGAGUGGAUUUGUGAGAGGAGUGCUGGGGGGUUGAUCUCGAUUACGAGAUCCUUCACUACGCGUACAUCCAUUGGCAACUCCGCCGCCCUGACCCUCCUAUGUCUGUCGACGAUGUGAUUUGGAGGUUGAGACAGUUCGUGCUGAAGGCAAAGUGGGAGAGGGGUGUUGUAUUUGCUGUGAAGCUUUGGGCGGCGUUUGUACACAUGGCUUUGCGCGAGGCAUCGGAGGGAUCACCGGGUUGGAGACACUUGUCGGGACAGGAGAGGCUAGUCAAGUCCGGGCGUAUCGAGCAAGUUAUCGUGCGAAAUGUGCCGGAAUUCAUCACUCAACAUAACCUCCCCGACUCUCCGGCGGAUGCCCCUUGGUUGCACGACUUCCAUCUCCUGGGUACUGCUACUCCUAUCCCCAUUUUGGCCGCGGCAGAGAUUUCUGCUCCCGCUUCAGCGGGCGCUGACUCUGAAUCGAACCUGGAUCUUCCUGUCGAUCUCAAUGAAUUGGCAACCCAAGCUAUUCCGGCCUUAUCGCUUGCACCCUUGGCUUCUCCGGUUUCGUUGAGUGAGCAGGUUGGUUCUGGUUCUGGUUCUGGAGUUGGUGUUGGUGGGGAUGAUGCUGUCGGGGGUGUGGAGAUGGGUGGGCAAGAAUCUCAGCAGCAAACUCAGCAACAGCAACAGCAAUUGCCGGCGGGUAAUCAGACGCCUACUCCUACCCCGCCGAGCAACCAUCCUCUUAGUAUGGACGCCCUCCCUCUUCCCAGCAAUGGCAUUUGCAAUGUCUGUUUUCAGUCUCACACCCAUGACGACUUCGCCUUCGCGAAGUUUACUGAGGGUGGUGAUUUUCAGCCACGUCCAUUCCAUUUUGAAGAUUACGCUGGUCGUGUCUACAUCCUCAAGGAAUGGGACGUCGAUUAUCUCAUUAAGAAAAUGAUCACUGCUGGCAAUGUCAUGAUCACGAAGUUCUUGAUGCAAGACGAGGAUGGAGCUGGGUUGACUCGAUAUCUGAACGCGGCGAGGAGGGCGGAUCAGACGACUCAAUUGUACGCCUGUGGAACGCAGUGGGGUCUUGCAAACUUUUGGACGGCGUUCCAUGAAGUGUGGGCGAAAGCGUACAAGCCGAACGGAGCUCCUGCGCCUGAGUCCGUCAUAUAUCAAAUCGGCACCGCCAUCUCCUCACUCAAACGCCUCGAGGAUGACCGUCCGAUCCGCAACUCCAGCAAUGCGGCGCGCAACCCGCACGGAUAUAUCGACGCAGAGGAUCUCUGGAGUGCCAUGUUGUUUUUGAGGAUGAUUCACAGGCAUUUGAGGGAUUCGGUGAGGGUGAGGAUGUGGGGCAAGGAGUUGAAUCGCCUCAGUAAUACUUUGAGGCGGUACGAGCAAGCCUCUAUCAAUGAAGCUGAUAGGCAAAGGGAUGCCAUCAUCGACAAUGCGAGGAGGAAGAGGGAGAGAGAUGCGAUAGAGGUUGAUGUCAAUGAGGAGGAGCAACCGACGAGGGGGUUGUUCAACUGGGGUAUUCUUGGGUUGUGAAACGUUGCAUCUUGCAUGUGAUGGAUCAUGAGGAGCCCGAGGAACGAGGACGAGGAGGGACACCACAAAAAAAAACGAGGAUACGAACAGUUGAAUUUGGUCGGCAUAUUAUGAGA